CAAAUAAUAAUAAUAAUUUAAUGAUAAUAAUUUUUUAAUUUUUUAAGAAGAAGAAGAAAUAUAAUUUUGAAAGAAAAUCAUAUAAUGGAAUCGGAAUUUGUAGAAAUUAUGGACGAAAGAAAGAAAGAAAAAUAUCCUCUACAACAUGCAUUACAGUUUGGUUCACUUCUUGAAAUUCAAGAUAUCCUCAGUGAAAAAUAUCAAGCAACAUUUUCAUCAGAGAAUGAUAAGGCCCAAAAAUGUAGAGAAAUAAUUAACUUUUGUUUAGACAAAAAGCUUGACGUUAACACAAAAAGAACAAAGUAUAGUGCUUUAUUACACUUUGUUAUAAAACAUCUUGACAAAGAUUUUCAAUCAGUCAUCAAUAAAUGCGAAGGAUUUGAUAUUAAUGCAUUGAAUGAAAUGUGUAAAAGGUAUGACAAAAAAUCUUUACUUCAUUUAGCGAUAGAAGAAAGAAAACAGAAUGCAGUGAAAGUUUUAAUAGAGUUUGGUGCAGAUGUGGAAGUAAAAGACGACGGUGAAGAGCAAACACCUUUAUUUUACGCCGUUAGUUCUAAACAAGUAGAAAUAGCAGAAAUUCUUUUAAAAGCUGGAGCGGAUAUUAAUGCGACAAAUCAGCGAGAGAUGAUGCCAAUAAAUUAUGCCUUUGGUGAAAGAAAAAAUUCUAAUAGUAAUGAAAAAUACAAACCCUCGAAAUUAGUAACGCUUUUGUGUUCGUACGGAGCUAGUUUGAAUUUCAAAAAUGAAAGUGGCACAAUAACAUUGCUUAUGGCUUUCACAGAAGGACAUUUUAGAGAAGUCGAAUUUUUAAUUGAACAUGGAGCUGACUUAUUCUCUAUUCAUUUCUUUGAUAACAUAACACCAAUCAAUGAUAUAUGGGAAGAAAUCGACUGUUGCGAAAUCCAAAAAUUAGCAAAUAUGGUUGAAUUUUCAGCGGACAAUGGGUCAGAUAUUAAUAUGGUUAGCAUGGGCGGUUAUACUAUUUUGAUUUUAAGCGUUGCAAAUAAUUAUCUUGAAAUUACUGAAUGCCUUUUGGAGUUAAACGCCAAAUUUCAAAAAGAUAAAUAUUUUCCUCAGGAUUAUAUUUCACUUGAAGUAGUCGAAAAUUUAGAGUCUAUUUCGGAUAGAAUUUCAACCUGGACACUAUUAACAGCAUUUUUCGCACUUAAAAAUAUCGAUAUUCCUGAAAAUUCUAUUUUGUAUGAAGAAUUUGAAUGGGUCUCUUCAUUUUUUGAAGAGUGCAAAGAACAAGUUAUUAAAAUGCAAGAAAGGAGAAUAUGGGCAGAUCGAAAAGUUUCAUUUUUUGAUUUUCUAAAUGAAGAUUUGUUAAAGGUGACCAAAUACUUCAGAAAUGAUGAUGUAAUGUCUGUUUUAGAAUCUGGAAAAUACGACCAAUUUCCAAAUUACACAUAUAUGUUUGAAAAGCGUAAAGAGAGAGUUGAGAAAAUGAAUAAUUGUCAGAAUGUUUUUAUUCGUUUUAUCGAGGAAUUCUUUAAGGGAAAAUUACCAAUCGUAGUAAUUGACGAAAUAAUUAGUUACUUGUCAGCUGGGGAACUUCGCAAUUUUGGAAGAGCAUUAUGUAUAACGGAAAAAUCACCUAAUGGAGAAUAUUUCAUUUAAAUAUUUUAUUGUUUACUAUAAAAAUUAUAAAUUUCAUACAUUAUAAGAAACAUUUAUGAAAAGAAAAAUUGUUGUUGACAAUAUUUUUCUUAUUAUGUGAUAAUAUUACAC